AUGAAUUUAGCAACUGAAGCGGGUAUUCCUAUUGAAUGUCAUUAUGUCGCAACUGAAGAUGGAUACAAUUUGCGUUUGUAUCGUUUGCCGCCUGAAGAGAGGAAUACAACUGAUGGUAAUCAUCUACGAACAAUGUUUCUCAUGCAUGGUUUGCUGGCCUCAUCUCCAAUGUAUAUCACAUAUCUGGAACAUUCAGCUGUUUGGAUAGCAAACGCGAGAGGCAACUCUUUUUCACGAAAUCACACAAAAUUGAAUCCAGACGAAGAACAAUUUUGGGAGUUCAGUUGGCAUGAGAUUGGCUUUUUUGAUCUACCAGCGAUGAUUGAUUAUGUGCUGAUGCAAACCGGACAAAAACAAUUGAUUUACAUCGGUCAUAGUCAAGGUGUUACGAGUGCAUUUGUUAUGUUGAGCGAACGUCCCGAAUAUAAUGAGAAGAUUGCAUUUUUGGUAUUUCAAAUAAAAUUGAAAAUAUUCCAAUUACAAAAUCUUGUACCAGCUGGAUGUAGCUAUCGUCAAUUUAUACAUUACGGUCAAUUGGCAACAUCAGGACGCUUUCAAAAGUUUGAUUAUGGUUCGACUGAAAAUCUAAAAUUGUAUGGAACACCAAAUCCGCCAGAAUACAACUAUUCAAAUAUUAAAACUAAAAUUCACAUCAUGUACGGUACCCAUGAUUAUUUGGUCAUGCAAAAGGUGAGGUCCAUUCACAAAUAACAAUAACUCUUAAUUGAUUCCGGACGAUCCUUCACUGAACCGUUGAAUGGCCCAUUAUGUUGUUUCCUAAAAUAAUAUCGAGCAAUUUUGUUUCGCAUUCUAGAAUAUGCCAGCACUAAUAAAAAAGCUGAAUCAUUCCAU